CAGCCGGAGAGGAAGAGGAGGAGGAGUUAGAGCAGCCUGGCCGGGCAGCCGUCCCAGCCCGGGGCCGAGCAGGUGGAGGGCGGAGGGGACGGAGGGACGGCGCCUCUCGGCCGGGCGGGGAGAUGGAGUGGCCGGGCCGCGGCCCUUUGCUGCUGGUGGUGAUUCUGACCCUGCUGCUGUACCCGGUGCUGAGGAGCCUCGCUCUCCAGCUGCACGCUGCGCUCACCGGCAGCUACGUCUCGGGGACACACUCCAUCGCCUUCAUCAACUGCCUCAACGAGCAGAUCGCCAAGGAUAUUGCAAGGGCCAUCAUGGACAAGAAGCUGGCUGGCUACGUGAACAUCUUGCCGAAGAGCUUGGCCUUAUAUUUCUGGAAAGGAGAACUGGAAGAAUCCACUGAAAUACUGCUGUUAGUGAAAACCAGGACAUCCAAAAUAGGUGAAUUGUCCAACUAUGUCAGAUCCAUCCACCCCUUUGAAAUUCCUGAAAUCAUCAGCCUGCCUAUUGACCAAGGAAACCCUCUCUACUUCAAAUGGAUAGAGGAAAGUGUCCCACGAGACUGAAACAUGCAGAAAGCACCUUGCUUUGGGGGGCACCGGAGGAAACGUGUGGCACUGCACUGGUCUCUGUGCAGGCGGGAGUUAAGUACACGCAGGGAAGCAGCUUAUAUCUUCACAGGUUUGCUAUAACACAGAAGCUUGGGAUUGGGAAUUUUGUUUGCACUCCAAGCAUCCCCUCCUGACCUGACCCUGCGUACAAAAGCCAAGGGAGCAGCAAACCAGAGCAGAUGCUGCGUUAGCAGGAGCCGCGGGCAGCGCACACGCUGACUCUGCUGAGCUGGGCGAUGCCCAUGGCCAGUUCAGGGAAACUAAAAGGACCAGGGCAUCGCCCAGCUGUGGGACCAACCAGCCCGGCCCCGCGUCCCCCACCUUGCCUGAACGGCGGCUUUCUACCUGGGCCAAGUUUAACCUUGUAAAAAGAUGCUCAGGUUAGUAGUUCAACAGGAUGUAACCAUAUCGAGUUAUUUAUGUGACUGGGAAGGCAAUAAACAGGAGCAUUUCUUA